AGCGGGCAGCAGGCGAGCGGGGGGAAAGGAGAGAAGCGAGCGAGCGGCGGGGCUUAGGCGCUUUGCAAUGCUACAGUAACGCCUUUCCCGCAGGCUCUUCCUAAGCUGGAUCAAGCAAGCUGAUGGCAAGCCUUGUGAGAAGCUUACCUGGAACACAUGGGACUGAAAUAUGUGGCGAGACCUGGUUACUGGAAGCAUUCCACAUGGUCAAGCAGUACUUUCAGACAAGCUUAUUUUCUAUUAAAUGAAGUUUAAUUUUGAGAUACUUUAGUAGGAACUUGCAAGUGACUUGACACCAUGGUAGCUCUUUCCUUGAAGAUCUGUGUCCGCCAAUGCAACGUAGUGAAGACAAUGCAGUUUGAACCAUCCACUGCAGUGUAUGAUGCCUGUCGAGUUAUUCGUGAACGAGUGCCAGAGGCUCAAACAGGGCAAGCCUCUGACUAUGGAUUGUUCUUGUCAGAUGAAGAUCCUCGAAAAGGUAUAUGGCUGGAGGCUGGAAGAACGCUGGAUUAUUACAUGCUGAGAAAUGGGGAUAUAUUGGAGUACAAAAAGAAACAGAGACCUCAGAAAAUACGUAUGUUGGAUGGUUCAGUGAAAACAGUCAUGGUGGAUGAUUCUAAAACAGUUGGUGAAUUGCUGGUUACCAUUUGCAGCAGGAUAGGAAUAACAAAUUAUGAGGAAUAUUCCUUAAUCCAGGAGAGCAUUGAAGAGAAAAAAGAGGAGAGUACAGGAACACUUAAGAAAGAUAGGACAUUGUUGCGUGAUGAAAGAAAAAUGGAAAAACUGAAGGCGAAGCUUCAUACCGAUGAUGACUUAAAUUGGCUAGAUCACAGCCGAACGUUUAGAGAGCAAGGAGUUGAUGAAAAUGAAACACUACUGUUGAGACGAAAGUUCUUUUAUUCAGACCAGAACGUAGAUUCAAGAGAUCCUGUUCAACUUAAUUUGCUUUAUGUUCAGGCUCGUGAUGACAUUUUGAAUGGCUCCCAUCCUGUCUCCUUUGAGAAGGCCUGCGAGUUUGGAGGCUUUCAAGCACAGAUCCAGUUUGGACCUCAUGUAGAACACAAACACAAACCUGGAUUUUUAGACCUAAAAGAAUUCCUGCCUAAAGAAUAUACCAAACAAAGAGGGGCUGAAAAGAGAAUAUUUCAGGAGCACAAAAACUGUGGUGAGAUGACUGAAAUAGAAGCCAAAGUGAAGUAUGUGAAGCUAGCCCGUUCCCUGCGGACUUACGGAGUGUCAUUUUUUCUUGUUAAGGAAAAAAUGAAAGGCAAAAACAAGCUGGUUCCUCGUUUGCUGGGUGUCACCAAAGACUCAGUGAUGCGUGUGGAUGAGAAGACCAAGGAAGUGUUGCAGGAAUGGCCACUGACAACUGUGAAACGCUGGGCUGCCUCACCUAAAAGCUUCACUCUGGAUUUUGGUGAAUAUCAGGAAAGCUAUUACUCAGUACAGACCACUGAAGGAGAACAGAUCUCUCAAUUAAUUGCAGGUUACAUUGAUAUCAUCCUAAAGAAGAAACAAAGUAAAGAUAGAUUUGGGCUUGAAGGUGAUGAGGAAUCAACCAUGUUGGAAGAAUCUGUUUCACCUAAGAAAUCUACCAUCUUGCAGCAGCAGUUCAACCGAACAGGGAAGGUGGAGCAUGGCUCUGUGGCACUACCAGCUGUUAUGCGUUCAGGGUCCAGUGGCCCAGAGACUUUCAACAUUGGCAUCAUGCCUUCUCCCCAGCAACAAGUCACAAUUGGUCAGAUGCACAGAGGACAUAUGCCCCCCCUUACCUCAGCUCAGCAGGCCUUGAUGGGGACUAUUAAUACCAGUAUGCAUGCUGUUCAACAGGCACAAGCUGACCUCAGUGAAGUUGAUAACCUACCACCUCUAGGGCAGGACAUGGCAUCAAGAGUAUGGGUUCAAAACAAGGUUGAUGAAUCAAAACAUGAAAUACACUCUCAGGUUGAUGCUAUCACUGCAGGAACUGCGUCAGUUGUUAACCUUACAGCAGGGGACCCAGUUGACACUGAUUACACUGCUGUGGGAUGUGCAAUUACAACCAUCUCAUCCAACCUCACUGAGAUGUCUAAAGGUGUGAAACUGCUUGCUGCUCUCAUGGAUGAUGAAGUUGGAAGUGGAGAAGACCUCCUGAAAGCUGCUCGAACAUUGGCCGGUGCUGUCUCAGACUUGCUGAAGGCUGUGCAGCCUACUUCAGGAGAGCCUCGACAGACAGUUUUGACUGCAGCUGGAAGCAUUGGGCAAGCAAGUGGGGAGCUACUAAGACAAAUUGGAGAGAAUGAAACAGAUGAAAGGUUCCAGGAUGUUCUGAUGAGUCUGGCCAAAGCUGUUGCAAAUGCUGCUGCCAUGUUAGUACUGAAGGCCAAGAAUGUAGCACAGGUCGCUGAGGAUACAGUCCUGCAGAACAGGGUUAUCGCUGCUGCCACACAGUGCGCACUCUCUACUUCCCAGCUUGUGGCUUGUGCAAAGGUUGUGAGUCCCACCAUCAGCUCUCCGGUGUGUCAGGAACAGCUGAUUGAGGCAGGGAAACUAGUAGACCGUUCAGUGGAGAACUGUGUGAGGGCCUGUCAGGCUGCCACAGAUGACACUGAAUUACUGAAGCAGGUCAGUGCAGCUGCCAGCAUUGUCAGCCAAGCCUUGAAUGACCUCUUGCAGCAUGUCCGCCAGUUUGCAAGCAGGGGAGAGCCCAUUGGACGCUAUGACCAGGCUACAGAUACCAUCAUGUGUGUCACAGAGAGUAUUUUCAGUUCAAUGGGAGAUGCUGGUGAAAUGGUACGGCAGGCCAGGGUGCUGGCUCAAGCCACUUCUGAUCUCGUCAAUGCAAUGAGGUCAGAUGCUGAAGCAGAAAUCGACAUGGACAACUCUAAGAAGCUUCUGGCUGCUGCAAAGCUCCUGGCAGAUUCUACAGCCCGCAUGGUUGAAGCUGCAAAGGGAGCUGCAGCCAAUCCUGAAAAUGAGGAUCAACAGCAGCGUCUGAGAGAAGCAGCAGAGGGACUGCGGGUUGCUACAAAUGCUGCUGCACAGAAUGCCAUCAAGAAGAAAAUUGUCAACAGAUUAGAGAUUGCAGCUAAACAAGCUGCAGCUGCUGCUACUCAGACUAUUGCAGCUUCUCAGAAUGCAGCUGUUUCAAAUAAGAACACAGCAGCCCACCAGCAACUUGUGCAGAGCUGUAAGAAUGUUGCAGACCACAUUCCUCAGUUGGUGCAGGGUGUAAGAGGAAGUCAAGCUCAGGCAGAAGACCUCAGUGCCCAGCUUGCUCUAAUAAAUUCCAGCCAGAACUUCCUUCAGCCUGGAAGUAAAAUGGUGGCAUCUGCUAAAGCUGCAGUCCCCACUGUGACUGAUCAAGCAGCAGCAAUGCAGCUAAGUCAGUGUGCAAAGAAUCUUGCUACCAGCUUAGCUGAGCUACGAACCGCCUCCCAGAAGGCUCAUGAAGCGUGUGGCCCCAUGGAAAUUGAUUCUGCUUUGAAUACAGUCCAGACACUCAAAAAUGAACUGCAAGAUGCGAAGAUGGCAGCUGUGGACGGACAGUUAAAACCUCUCCCAGGAGAAACUCUUGAGAAAUGCGCUCAGGACCUGGGAAGUACAUCCAAAGCAGUCGGUUCGUCAAUGGCCCAGUUGUUAACUUGUGCUGCUCAAGGCAAUGAGCACUACACAGGAGUUGCUGCCAGAGAAACUGCUCAGGCUUUGAAGACACUGGCUCAGGCAGCACGAGGGGUUGCAGCAUCUACUACUGACCCUGUGGCAGCGCAUGCAAUGUUGGAUUCAGCAAGGGAUGUCAUGGAAGGCUCUGCUAUGCUUAUUCAGGAGGCGAAGCAGGCCCUGGCUGCACCAGGGGACGCAGACAGUCAGCAGAGGUUAGCCCAGGUGGCAAAAGCAGUGUCUCACUCCUUGAAUAACUGUGUGAAUUGUCUGCCUGGACAAAAGGAUGUGGAUGUGGCCUUGAAGAGUAUUGGGGAAUCUAGCAAGAAGCUCCUUGUUGAUACGCUACCUCCAAGUUCGAAGUCAUUUCAAGAAGCUCAGAGUGAACUGAACCAGGCAGCAGCAGACCUGAAUCAGUCAGCAGGAGAAGUUGUCCAUGCUACACGGGGCCAAAGUGGGGAACUGGCUGUAGCAUCUGGAAAAUUCAGUGAUGAUUUUGAUGAAUUUCUUGAUGCUGGUAUUGAAAUGGCUGGCCAAGCACAAACUAAAGAGGACCAGAUUCAAGUAAUUGGUAACCUGAAGAGCAUCUCUAUGGCUUCCAGCAAGCUGUUACUAGCUGCCAAGUCUCUCUCUGUUGAUCCUGGAGCUCCUAAUGCCAAGAACCUCUUAGCAGCAGCAGCAAGAGCAGUGACUGAGAGUAUAAACCAGCUCAUCACACUGUGCACCCAGCAAGCUCCCGGGCAGAAGGAAUGUGAUAAUGCACUCAGAGAACUGGAGACAGUUAAGGGAAUGCUGGAUAACCCCAAUGAACCUGUGAGCGACCUCUCAUAUUUUGAUUGUAUUGAGGGCGUAAUGGAAAACUCGAAGGUUCUUGGAGAAUCAAUGGCGGGCAUUUCCCAGAACGCAAAAACUGGGGAUCUUUUAGUCUUUGGAGAAUGUGUUGGAGUUGCAUCGAAGGCUCUUUGUGGCCUGACAGAGGCAGCAGCUCAGGCCGCUUACCUGGUUGGCAUCUCAGAUCCAAACAGUCAGGCUGGUCAGCAAGGUCUUGUUGACCCAAUUCAAUUUGCCAGAGCCAAUCAAGCAAUCCAGAUGGCUUGCCAGAAUCUGGUAGAUCCAUCAAGCAGCCCAUCACAGGUACUGUCAGCUGCUACAAUUGUGGCCAAACAUACUUCUGCUUUGUGCAAUGCAUGUCGUAUUGCUUCAUCAAAGACAGCAAAUCCUGUUGCGAAGAGACACUUUGUGCAGUCUGCCAAAGAAGUUGCAAACAGCACUGCUAACCUGGUUAAAACUAUAAAGGCCCUGGAUGGUGAUUUCUCUGAAGAGAACCGCAACAAAUGCAGAAUUGCUACUGCACCUUUGAUAGAGGCUGUGGAAAAUCUGACAGCAUUUGCUUCAAAUCCAGAAUUUGUCAGCAUACCAGCACAGAUCAGCACUGAGGGAUCGCGAGCACAGGAACCAAUUUUAGUGUCUGCUAAAACAAUGUUGGAGAGCUCAUCUUUAUUGAUUAAAACUGCUCGUUCUCUGGCUAUCAAUCCAAAAGACCCCCCUACGUGGUCUGUGCUAGCUGGGCAUUCCCAUACUGUCUCAGAUUCUAUCAAGAGUCUUAUCACCUCUAUCAGGGACAAGGCCCCAGGCCAGCGAGAAUGUGAUUUCUCCAUUGAUGGCAUCAACAGAUGCAUCAGAGACAUUGAGCAGGCCUCCCUUGCAGCCGUCAGUCAGAGUCUGGCCACCAGGGAUGACAUCUCAGUUGAGGCUCUGCAGGAGCAGCUGACAUCAGUCGUCCAGGAAAUUGGCCACCUCAUUGAUCCCAUAGCUACUGCAGCUCGGGGAGAGGCAGCUCAGCUUGGGCACAAGGUAACACAGCUGGCAAGUUAUUUUGAACCCUUGGUUUUAGCUGCAGUUGGUGUGGCAUCUAAAACACUAGAUCAUCAGCAACAGAUGACAGUGUUGGACCAGACCAAGACACUCGCAGAAUCUGCCUUACAGAUGUUGUACGCUGCCAAAGAAGGGGGAGGAAACCCCAAGGCAUCUCAUACACACGAUGCAAUCACUGAGGCCGCUCAACUGAUGAAAGAGGCUGUAGAUGAUAUCAUGGUUACCUUAAAUGAAGCUGCAAGUGAAGUAGGCAUGGUUGGAGGUAUGGUAGACUCAAUAGCAGAGGCAAUGAGCAAGCUGGAUGAAGGUAUGCCUCCAGAUCCCAAGGGAACAUUUGUCGAUUAUCAGACUACUGUGGUGAAAUAUUCUAAAGCCAUUGCUGUAACAGCACAGGAAAUGAUGACUAAGUCGGUUACUAACCCAGAAGAGUUGGGAGGACUUGCAUCACAAAUGACCAAUGACUAUGGGCAUUUGGCUCUCCAGGGCCGAAUGGCUGCAGCUACAGCAGAACCAGAGGAGAUAGGGUUCCAGAUCAGGACUCGGGUGCAAGAACUUGGCCAUGGCUGUAUCUUUCUUGUGCAAAAAGCUGGAGCUCUCCAGAUUUGCCCUACAGACAGCUACACCAAAAGGGAGUUGAUAGAAUGUGCUCGUGCUGUCACAGAAAAGGUCUCCUUAGUUUUAUCUGCCCUUCAAGCAGGAAACAAAGGCACGCAAGCCUGUAUUACUGCAGCUAGUGCUGUGUCUGGGAUAAUUGCAGAUCUAGACACCACUAUCAUGUUCGCUACUGCUGGAACCCUUAAUGCCGAGAACAACGAAUCAUUUGCAGACCACAGGGAAAAUAUCCUGAAGACAGCAAAAGCUUUAGUUGAAGACACAAAAUUGUUGGUUUCUGGUGCUGCCUCGAGUCAGGACAAACUGGCCCAAGCAGCUCAGUCAUCAGCUAAUACAAUCACUCAACUUGCUGAGGUAGUAAAAUUGGGAGCGGCUAGCUUGGGAUCCGAUGAUCCUGAAACACAGGUUGUCCUGAUCAAUGCUAUCAAGGAUGUUGCAAAGGCCCUUUCUGAUCUCAUUGGUGCUACCAAAGGAGCUGCCAGCAAACCAGCAGAUGAUCCAUCCAUGUACCAGCUGAAAGGUGCUGCCAAGGUGAUGGUAACAAAUGUCACAUCGCUUUUGAAGACUGUUAAAGCAGUAGAAGAUGAAGCUACUCGAGGGACAAGAGCUCUUGAGGCUACAAUUGAGUACAUCAAACAGGAACUCACGGUGUUUCAGUCAAGCGAGGUUCCAGAAAAGACAUCAUCACCUGAAGAAUCAAUCCGGAUGACGAAAGGAAUCACCAUGGCAACUGCAAAAGCUGUUGCAGCUGGGAACUCAUGCAGACAGGAGGAUGUGAUUGCUACAGCAAAUCUGAGCCGCAAAGCAGUAGCUGACAUGCUAACAGCUUGUAAGCAAGCAUCAUAUCACCCAGAUGUGAGCGAAGAAGUUCGAGAAAGAGCUCUGCGCUUUGGAACAGAAUGUACCCUGGGAUACUUGGAACUCCUGGAACAUGUUCUCAUGAUCCUUCAAAAACCAACUCCAGAACUAAAGCAUCAGUUGGCCUCUUUCUCCAAGCGGGUUGCUGGUGCUGUUACAGAGCUCAUCCAAUCAGCAGAAGCAAUGAAAGGGACAGAGUGGGUGGAUCCAGAAGACCCAACAGUCAUUGCAGAGACAGAGCUACUAGGGGCAGCAGCAUCAAUUGAGGCUGCAGCAAAGAAGUUAGAGCAGCUGAAACCAAGAGCCAAGCCAAAGCAAGCAGAUGAGACUCUGGAUUUUGAAGAACAGAUCCUGGAAGCAGCUAAGUCCAUUGCAGCUGCUACCAGUGCCCUUGUGAAGUCAGCUUCAGCAGCCCAGAGAGAACUGGUGGCACAGGGAAAGGUUGGAGCAAUCCCUGCAAAUGCAGCUGACGAUGGACAGUGGUCUCAGGGACUUAUUUCUGCUGCCCGAAUGGUGGCAGCUGCAACCAGCAAUCUCUGUGAAGCAGCUAAUGCCUCCGUACAAGGCCACGCUAGUGAAGAGAAGCUCAUCUCAUCUGCCAAACAAGUGGCAGCUUCUACAGCACAGUUGCUUGUGGCUUGCAAAGUGAAGGCUGAUCAUGACUCUGAAGCCAUGAGGAGGCUACAGGCGGCAGGAAACGCUGUCAAGCGAGCAUCAGACAAUCUUGUCAGGGCAGCCCAAAAAGCAGCAUUUGGGAAACCAGAAGACGAUGAUGUUGUGGUCAAAACAAAGUUUGUGGGUGGCAUUGCUCAGAUCAUUGCAGCCCAAGAAGAAAUGCUGAAGAAGGAAAGAGAGCUGGAAGAGGCAAGGAAAAAACUGGCUCAGAUCCGCCAACAGCAAUACAAAUUCCUACCCACAGAGCUGAGAGAAGAUGAGGGUUAACCUGCUGAGAUUUUUUCCCCCCCCCCUUUAUUUUUCCCUCUUUUUUUUUUUUUUCCUUUUCUUUCAAAGAAAUAAGCUAAAGGGGGACAGUACAGUGAGAACUGCUCUGACAACAUUCUGGUAUGCCAAGCACUUACCUAAAUAAACUGCCUGUCAUAGCUUUGGAUGAGCAGAGGGCAAUAAACACUUGUUCCUUCUCAUCUGGUCAGCUGAGGUGCUUGAUGAUCAAAUAAUGGUAGAGUGUUAGGUUCAUCAUUCCUGUUCCUUCCUUGACUUAUAUCUCAGGAGAGAAUGUUUUACUUUUUACUAAAGAUACUAAGUCAGUGUUAUUGUAAAUUUCCUGAUGUUUGAGGUAUUUAUCAUUCCUUGACUUGUUAUAAAACAUUCAUAAUAUUAAUAGGAAAACAGUCAAGAAAUCUGUCAUAUGAUAAAUAUCACAUGAGCUGGUGGUUCUCCCCCAUAUACCCUUGUAAAAAGAAGACCAAGACAGAGAAGGAUGUAUGUCUGAGUGGAGAAACAUGCAUGAGUGUGGGUUUGAAGAAGAUGCCUGUCCUCUUUCAGUGUUAUAUAGCUGGUUCACCCCAAAACUGGAGGAAUUGUCUCUGCACCUGUUUGCACUAGUAAUAUUACUCCUUACCUGAUACCAACAAGCUUCUGCUUGUACAGUAUUUAGGUUUACAAAAUGUGGCAAUAGCCAUUCUUUAAAGAGCUCAGAAAACAAAGAAAUGGAAACCUUGUCACUGCCUCAAUAAUAGCAGGUUCAUGAAGGAAAAUGCUGUUUCAAUUAUAUACCUCUAAUGUGUGACUACUUUUACAGUAUUAUACACACAUACACAUGCUCUAACAUUGGACUGAACAGUUUUAAUUUUGUUUCUAAUUGAAGUUAUCUCGUUUGUACUGUGGGAUUUCUGUUAGAAUGUAUGUUAGUUAAAAAGGGAAAUGCCCAGUACAACAAAAGACUAUCACAACUCUUGUUAUCUUUUAAUAAUUUCAUUUAUAAUUAUUUUGUUUUGAAACCUGUGGGUAUUGUAGGAGAAAAGAAUAAGUGAUUUACAAGUAGACUUUUCCUGUAAUAUAUUUUUUAAAAAUCUGGACUCUAGGGAGUUUGUUUUCAUAGUUGGUAUUGAUGAAAAUGUGCUCACCAAGGAAUUGCAGAGAAGGAAUAGCAGCGAUCUAUCAGCAAUCUUUGUCUUCAGCUGCAGAAAAGUACAGUAUGCUCUCAAUAUCUCUCUUGUGACCUAAACAAUAGCAAUAUGGGUAAAGUGAGUAACACAUUUUACCCUGUCAAAGAAAGAACACAAUUCACAGCAGCUUUAACUAGCAAAAGCUAAACUAUUUGAUGAACUACAGAAACACAACCUCUCCUAACAAUUUCCAACACACCUUCAACUCCACUCAAGCCCUCUUAAACAAUAAUGCCAAGUCUAUUUAGGUCAAAGGAUGUUGCCACUCCAGUCCUUCUGAAGACUGUGCUGUCACUUAGAUACUUGCCAAGUACAUUCAGCUGAGCCUGUUACGUUAUAUGCAUACCCACCUAGUUGUCAUUGUUGCAGAAAUACUUGUCUUGUAGACUCAAAAGUAACACCCCCUAGUGGUAGGUUUACCAGUUUAGAUAGUGCUAACUCCUCAUUUAAGUUACCUGCAUGAGAUAUAAUUAUCAGGAAUUUUGUCACACUAGUGUUAAAUAUAUAGAAAAAAUGGGUAGAGAAUUAAUAAAUAUUAAAGUGUACAAAGAUUUCUAUUGUUAAAGUCUCUUCUCUGGUACUGAUGUAUUUCAGACUCGGUAGAGUUGCUGAAGAAUCCGCACUCGUGAGAGGAAAAAAUUGGCAAAUCCCAAAUGGAAUCCCGGCAUUGACAGAUGUGCUGUGAUGUGGAGGCUUGUGUGCAUAUGCAAACCCUUAUUAGCAGAGACAUCCAAUACCGAGAUCUGUAAUUUCCACUUCAGCACAAUUGAUUUUUUUUACUCAAUACACUGUGAGCAGCAUCACAGGAUCUCGAUGUUAAGAAUUCCUACAGAAAAAGAAAGGCUUCCUCUAAAUUUUUAGGCAGAAGGCUGUAAGACCUAAAGACAGUUGCAGUGAUAGGGAUUUGCUGCUGCUGUUGAUAGGCCCAGCUUCUUUGGAACUUAUGGCUCUUUCUCUUGUUUUUUUUACCUGGAAAAGCCUCACAUUCCCAUCUUUUUUUUUUUUGAAAGAUCUGCAAGACAGAUUUGUUACUGCUUCCCUUUCAACCCGUGUUUAACCCAUUAUUUGGUCUCAUUAAAGCAUGAAGAAAGAUGAUGCUGUCCUUUGCACCAUGCCAGUAUUUUAUUGUAGGUGUAUAAUGUUGUAAUAUAUUUUGAUCAGGUCGGUAUUUGCCAGUUUGAAAGAAGCCAAAAGCCUGGUCAAAUGCAAGUACGUAUGGAAAUUGUAUAGCUAGAAAACUUUAUUGGUAUGUAGAAGGAAAGAGCAUGCUCAAAUUUUUUUAUGUUCCAGAUAAAUUUGUUUGGAAAGUCCAUUUUACCACAGUUAUUUUGAGACCUCUCUAUUUCUGAUUUAAUGCCCCCCUCUUAUUUGACAGAAAAUAGUGUUCUUUUUUCUCCUUAGCUAUGUGCUCCAUAGAGGAACUACAGUCAGAUGAGUAAUUGAGCUGAACAACUGAAGUACUUGUUUACUCUGAGUUUUGGGUCUUCAUUUGGGAAACAUUAAGAGAAUAUAAGCUCAUAUAUAGUCUUUCUAUUUCAAUUUUUUCUUGCUAUUUUAAUUUGCAAUACCACUGAAAUCCACAUAACGUCUGUGGAGUUUGGAACUAGUCCAUGUGUCUGUGUCUAUCUGGCAUGGAGACUUGCAGCAGGAAGUGACAAGUUGGAGUAAGGGAUGGAAGCUAGUUGAUAAGAUGGACAGAUGUUUACUUUGUUCUGUUGUGAAAUGGUAAACAAGCUCUGUUGUAUCCCACUGUUCUUCAUGUGGAAUCCGCUUUAAGGAAUUGUAUGCAAAUUAAAAGCAAAAUGCCUGGAAGUUGUUUGUGUACAAAUAGUCUAGUGUUGUUUCCCCAACUAUUCAGAAAUUAUUUUGAACAUUUUAUCAUUUGUCUAAACUUUUCUACAUCAGAAGCCUCAAAGUGAGAAAAGUUUUAAAACAAAAAUUGAAGGCUAGACUCUUGUUUGAUCUGUCCCUUUCCCUUUGAUUUUUCUGCAUCUUCAUUACUUAAUUCCUAAUGAAGGGAUGAAUACAUAAUCUAGGAACCUUCUCAACGUAAAUAUGUUUUGCUCAUGAUCACAUUUUUGCUUUUAAUCAGUCCAAACUGAUAUUCACCCCAGGAGAAUGGCAUGUGCUAUCACUACAUUUAUCUUCCCUACUUUUUUUUUAAUCUCUGGGUUUGGGGUUUUUUUGUUGUUGUUGCCUUAUACUGUAAAAGUGUUGUCCUUAUGUGACUGCAUCAUGAUUAACAAAGAGAGAGUUAUCUUCCCAUAACUGUCAUCAUACCUGCUUUUCCGUAUCCAGCGUAGUAUACAUCAAACAUAUUGUGGUGGUUAAUGUUAAUGGAAUGACACAUUUCUGUGGCACAAAGUUUAUGACACCAAAUGCAGAAACUGUUUGGUCAUGUGAGUUACAAAUCUGUUACAAAUUGCUGUUUUGCCUGAUCAUACUUCCUGCAAUGAAGUCUGAUAAAUUAGUUCGGAGGUAGGCAGAUGCGCAGACUGGUUCUGGCUCAUGAGCUACUCUUCCUUUAAUGGGUGAGCUCUGUCCUUGGGCACAGUGCAUCGUUCAGUGGAGAGCGAUGCAGAGAUCCUUGAGUGAAUGGCACUGAGCACCCACAGCACUGGGCAGAGCACACAGGUGUACUUCAGCCCAAGAGGCAACAUCAUUACUUCCAUUAGAGUAGCCAGGGGGACACACUGCCAAACUCACAGUGCCUCAGCCAGCACUGGGCAGAAGGAGGACCUGUUAGUGAGGCACAACACAAGCAGCAUUCAUUUCUUCAGUAGCUGGUAGUUUCAGUAAUUCUGGCAGAGUAUCACCUAUGUCAGCUGCCUGAUAUCAGAUUAAGCCCCUGAAUCUGGUACUUCCUGGUUGGAGUCAACAAACUCAACAGUGCUGAACUUUGUAUAUUGCUGUUUUCAGCCUGUUGCAUGUGAGCUUUAGAGAGGUGUCCAGAAGGCAUGGUAAAGAUUAUGCCAAACUCUGUGUAAUCGGCCUAGCCACUGCAGAAAGCAGAUGCUACAGAAAAGUUCUAGGCUGCAAUAUUUGAGCACCAGAGAAAUUUAACAACAAGAGAAUCAAGCUAAACUAGACGUGGCCUAGUUCAAGGGGAAGGCUGAAGCAACGCAGAGCUCUAGAGUAUGGAAAUGCUGAACCCAUGACAGUUCACAUCUGACAACAUGAGUCAUUUUGCCUAAAGGUUAUUAUCUGUCAUUUCUUGACCUACAAAGAAGUGCCAUUUUGUCUCUUUUUUAACUUUUUCAAAAUAAUAAAGCAGUAAAGACUUCUCUCCCAAAUUAGUACACUUUGUUGCAGUGGAAGAACCUUCUGUUCAAGACAGUUUUGUAAUUCUGCACUGGAGCUUCUAGGGGGUUGAACUGUAAUGUCUUCCCUUCUUGCUAAAGUUUUAAACCCAAGAAAGGCACAAACAAGUUUGUAGUCAUGCUGCCACACACUCAUGUAUAAUAUUUAUCUGGCCACAAAAAUAAAUAAAUAAUUUUUUUUUUUUUUGUCUUCACCAACAGUAAGUCCUUGAAGAAAUUCUUUUUUUUCCUGCAUGUAGGUAUUUGUGACUUUUGUUGCACUGGUGGUCAUGCACAGGAUCAUUUUGCUCCUGAAACCAAGUAAGGCAGAAGUUGUACCUAUCUGCAAGGCUGGGAAAAGGCAGAAUUCCCAGGUGACCAAGAGGAAUGCUCUAUUUAAAGUUCUGCUGCAUAGACGAAACCAGGAAUGCUUACUUUCUGAUGUAUUUCAGUGGCUGUUCAAUAUCCUUAAAGCACAUGUUAACCACACAUAAAUAUAUACAGAAGUCAAACAGCAGUUAGUCAAGUGUGUUUGAUGGUUGGUGGUGUUUUUUUGGGGGAAGGCUAGUUUUGCUUUUAUAUAUAUGUUACUGUUUCCAUUUCAUUCAGUAUUUUUCCAUGUCAAAUACAACUCUGUGUGUACAUACUACUUCAAUUCUCCAUAUGAAAUCUAUACCAGAAAUAUUGUUACUGAUCAGUUGCAUUAUAACUAGUUUGAUGUUGCUACCAGCAGGGGCUGUUUCUGCCAUGACUGCAUUCAUGUCAAAGUGGGAUCUUUUUGGCAUUCUGUGUGCUCAUCAAGUGGAUCCAUCACCAGAUGUGCAUAUCAUGUCUCUGAUUAUAUGGUGGCUUUCUUCCGUGUAUUCUCCGUAACAGAAACAAGAUUGAAAAAGCUCCUCUUUUAGGGUUGAUUAGCUGAAUAUUUAAAUGGAGGCUAUAGUGGCCCUAGGCAUGUUUUAGGCUAAAAUAUUUUAAAAUAUCUAUUAAGAUAUUUAAAAUAGAUAUUUUAAACUACUAGAAAAAAACAUUUGGUGAGUUUGCUGUCUGUUCUUAUUUUCUGUGCAGCCCAAUUUUAAUUUGUCUUGAAAACAUUCUAGCCACUACUUUAGAGACUCUAGAGAAGUUAAUUCUUUGUGCUUGCACAGUAAUGCCUAAAGACUUGAAAACUAAACCACAAUGUUUGUCAUGCUUGGGUCCCUUUUGACUUUAUCUCGCUACAAGUUCCUUUGCUUUUCCCUUUCCCUUUUGUUCUGAGCAUUUAUGAGAGUUGGACUCUUGUCCUCAAGCAUCUUUUAACAAUAUAUCCACUAAGUUUUCCACCUGUGCAAGUCAGUCAGUUAUGUUUAGUGUGGCAAGAGAAAUACUAAUAUGUGGGGUUUAUCCAUGCCUAAUUUGGCUAAUGUAAAGCUUAUAUAACAAACAUGAUUUUAUUUUCCCACUGGAUUUUUUUUUUAAAAAGGAUAGUAGGGGCUGGUGACUUCUUAACAUCCUAGAAUGUCCACUGUGAGGGUUUAUCCCAGGUGAAGAGGGUUUCUUUCAGCAUGUUGACCCAUAACUGGUAUUGCUAUAAAGUCAAAAUCUGUUUAUUAAAAAAAAUGCAUGGAACAUUAAGUUCAGAAGUUCAGAACUUUUGAAGAUGAAAAUUCAGUCAUGGUACUGAAUGAAAUGUUAAUUUAGCAGCCUUGGAAGCAUUCUGAAGUCUGUGGGAACGAUAUUGCAUUAGGACAGUGAGAAAAUACUGCUGGCUAUUUUCUUCAUACAGUUCUGCUCUUAAAGUGCUGAAUUUAAUAAUACUGCUUGAAAUUUUCAGCCCCACACUGACCAAUAUUCAUAUUCAGUGCUUGCUAGGCUGUUAAUAUAACCAUUUUGUUUUAGAGUAAUUGCCUGUACUAUGCUCCAUCUUCUCUGAAUAUGGUUCAAAAUCAGUCAUCUUUGUGGCUGUUUGUAUUUUGUAAGGUGGAAUUUACUGAGUAAAAAGGUUUCUUCCAGCAUUAUAGUUGAUGAUCUUUGCAUUAAAAUUGCAUUGUAUAUUCAAAGUUAUUUAUUAAAAUACGUGAACAUAAGUCACUGAACUGUUGACCUGAUUAAGUCUUUGAAAGAGUGGUCAGAUAUUAUAAAUACAUGCUUGUACUGUCUUGUACAUUUUCCAGUUUGACAAUAAAUACAUUGCAUUUUAUUAAGGA